UGGCUGACGGGUGUUAAUAUUUUUGAUUGAAUUUAUCGCUAAAAGUUCUAUUAUUUUUUUGUAUUGCCAUGAAUAUAAUUAUAGUUUGAAUUGUAUCCAAUGCAAACAAAUCAAUUGAAGUUUUAUCAGAGGGAUUGAGUGGGCAUCUUUGGAAGCUUUGUUCAAUUCAGUAAAAUAAUUCCUUGCAGUUCUUAAUAUAAAACACCCAUUUACCACAACAAGCAUGAUGAACAAUCAGUACAAUGCAGCAAAUUUAGCGGCGACUGCAUCGUCACCUCCACAGAAUAACUCAACUGCCAUGUUGAAUCAAUUUUACAAUGCACAACAAUCACAGCAAUUGGCUGCUGCCGCAGCAGGAGGUUUGUAUGUUGAUCCCAGGCAAUUACAAUUAGCUGCCAAUCCUAUGGAGAAAACAUAUUACACAACAGCAAGUGCUGCUUUGGGAGCGCCACAAAGGUUCUAUACCACUGCAUCGGGAGCUCCCAUGGCAACAAAUAAUGGCGGCCAUGCUGCUGCUCAACCCAACACAAUUUUGAUAACGAAUAAUUUUACACAUCAGCAAACGCCAACACAAAGUCCAGAACAGCAACGAGUCUCUUCUCUGAAUGCAGGAAACAUAAGAAUUGUUACAUCAUCAUCCGCAAAUCCUGGCAACUUGUCUGGCCCCACUGGUGGCUAUCAACAAACUCAACACGUUCUCAAUCUAAACAAUGCAAAAUCGCUGCAACACAUAUUUCCUCAACACCUAUUGCAGCAACAGCAAAAUUUUCAGCAUACGCCCGAUUUAAUAGCCCAGCACUUUGCAACACAACAUUACCCAAACUCAUCGCAGAGUACGGUGCCUUCAGCAGCACAAUCUGCCUUGCAAAUGCCGCAAUAUUAUGUGGCUUCCGAAUCGGCUAUGGCCCAAUUGCCUACUAACUCGAAAAUGUUAUCAAAUAUACCAACUAAUACCGUAUCUGCUGGUGGCAGUAAUCCUGCCCCGGCAGCUAUGAACAACAAUAGUCCCUCAACCGUGGUUUUGGAUCGUAUAAAUAUCUGCAUUAACAAUUUAUAUACUGAUACAUCGUCAUCGUCAGCUUCGAAUUCAUUGGCCUCUACUCCAGCCCAGCAGCCUUCACCCAUUAUACCGGCCAUACAACACAAGGCCAUAAUAGAAAAUGGACCUCCGCUUCUCUCAGCUGUCGAUCUUUAUGAGUCCAAUGCGUUGGUUAUCGAUGAACCGGAUUCUACUACCACAGCCACCACGCCUCAUACUCCACCCACGACACCGGAAAAUACUCCACCAUCGGUUACAAGUAGCCAAAAUAUUGCAAACAAUACAAUAAGCACCACCAGCACUAUAAGUAGUCCUAGCACCUCUUCUUCGACGGCACACUGUCAAGAAGUGGCCAUUUCCAAUGCAAUAUCAACAACAAAACAACAUUUUGCGGCAGUAGCACAAAAAAUAGAGAAGGCCGCGCAGCAGGAAGAGCCUUCCAAUGCUUGCUCAGCAACCGCACAUUCCUCACAUACACCCUCACAAAUGGCUAACUCGAAUUCUAUGUCUGCUACCACACCUUUAACACCACCUACACCACCUUCACCACAGGUUACCAACUCCAAACAGAUUGAUGUAAAUUCCACAGAUUCGACAUCGCCCGUUACAUCGGCCCCCUCACCACCUUAUGUGGCGCCACCCCUUUUUAGCAGUGGUGAGGAUGUUUUUAUAAAGCGUCAAGAUGGUCGCUUCUAUUUGGGCACUGUCAUGGAUACUGCUCGCAAUCAGUUUCUGGUACGUUUCGAUGAUAAAACCGAGCAAUGGUGUAACGCCGAUGAAAUGCGUAAGCUGGGAGGCUCAACCAGUUCUGCCACAGCCACCGAAGAUAAAACACCGGAACAACCUAUGUGUGUGGCUUGCAAACAACAACAUCCUGACUCACAGGUUGAGAUUUGCGAAAGAUGUGGCCGUGGAUACCAUCGCAAGUGCACUCGCGAAACGUCAAAGGACAGUGGAGUAUGGUUUUGUAAACGUUGCGAUAAGCCCAUGAAAUUGAAUGACCACUCGGACGAUGAGGAAGAUGAAGAUAUGGAAAUAGAGCCAUGCCGUCAAUUAUCAUAUGACCCUUGCUCUUUGAACUGGGACAAUAAACAUCGUGUUAAUGAAGAACAAAUGUAUUGCUAUUGUGGAAAAUCUGGAAAAUUUGAUCUUAAUAUGCUUCAGUGCUGCCGUUGUCUGAACUGGUACCACACUGAUUGCACACAGAAAUUCAAGGGGAAUUUAUUGCGAGGAGAUAUAUUCUUUGUUUUCGCCUGCAGCGUGUGCAAUGAUGGAGAAGAAUACCUAAGACGUUUGCAGCCAAGUUGGGUGGAUUUGAUCCAUUUGAUAAUGUACAAUGUGUCAACGCUGAAGAAACGUCAAAAUCACAAAUAUCAUCAUUUGUUAAAGGACAUAUAUCCAUUCGCUUUGGAAAAACGAAAAAUAUUACCAAUGCCAAAAGAGUGGAUGAUCAUGCCAGAAAACGAAUUUUUGGAUCAAAUAAAAACAACACUCAAAGAAAAUGCAGAACGUUUCGUUUGCGGUAAAGAAAUAAAGAGAGAUCACUACUUCUUUGCCUUAAGAACAAAUGGACCGCCCUACUCAAAACAAAUGUCCAUUAAUGAGCAUCAAUUAUUAAAUGAUGAUUUCAUCAUUAAUAACCUAAAGUUAAAACUUUUAGCAGGUGCUUCAGAAAAUGCGGACAUUCAGUUAACAACGUCAGCAACAGAGUUUUCUCUUACUGAAAAAGAGGAAGAAAAUAUAGCCGAGGCAGUUUCUCAGGGGACUGAGAUGACAACUGCUAGUGGUAAUUUGGCAUCACGUGAUAUUUAUGCAUUUGACGAUACUUCAGAUGAUGAAAUUCCUAUUAAACUUAUGCUGGACAAAGCUAAAAAGAAAAACAAAAGCAAUGAGAAUUUAGAUCAGUUAGAUCACUUAGCCACAAAUAACAACGCUACCAAUAAAGUCAUAAGUUUGGAAAAAUUAGAUGCUGAAGAUGACAAUGCAAAUGAUGUGCUUAUAACAACGUCCUCACUGCCACACGAGCAUAGCCCAACUGCUAGUAUUAGUCUAACUCCAACUAAAAUUGAAAAGCAGACAAGCCCGAAGGCCUCAUCCGAAACUAAUAGCAAUGACGAAAAUAUUGUCUUAGCAGAAAAGAAUGUGUCGGCCGUACAUAGUCCCACUGCCGCAAGCAACAGUUGCGUUAGCAAUAAACCACACGCUUCGGAGAAAAGUUCGCGAAAACGCAAGGCAUUCACUUUAACCAAAAGCUAUGAUAAACAACGUCUAAUAGAUUCAUCAUCCGAUGAAAAUUCGAGUAGCAGCUCUCGCUGUACAUCAUUGGAUUUAAUUAUACCACCACCAAAAAACUUUUUGGGGCAAAAUAAUCCAUUCCGCAUGAUUACGCCUAAGAAGAAAAACACCGCAGAGACAUCACCGACGACGACGGUGUCGUUGAGUGGCGGCAAAAAGACUGUUAGUUUUGGAAUUUUCAAUGCAAACGGAUUGAAUUUUAGUUCAAAACUAGCAGCACUGAAAAGUGCUGGUCUAUUUCCCAAAUUGAGUUCAAGUAAUUUGGCCAAAGCUGCAGGUCAGCCUAGGACUGUACGAACUAUCAAGAGAAGACUGAGUGCCCGAGAUAUAACCAUCGGCCCAAAUCAGGAAGUACGCAGACGUCGCAUACGACGAUUAUCAGCUAAUGUUGAGGUUAUUAGUACAACUACAAUAAAUCCCAUUCCAACCAACUAUUUUCCCAUACAUGCCAAAGAUCUAUUAGCAGCUGCAGCGGCAUCCACCACUACAGCAGCUUCUCUCUUCAGUACACAAACAAAACCAACAUUUUCCUCAUCGACAUCAACAACAUCAUCAUCGUCAACUACUUUGAAUACGGUAACAUCAAACGCUAUCAAUAUUGCACCAACUUUCAACUCCUCAUCAGCAAAACCCGAAAAUUCCUCCAAUACUGAAGCAGCAACAGGAAUUGGUGCUGCAGCGGCAGCUGCUGCUACAUCGUUAGAUACAAAGCCAGUAAUUCCACCACAUGGCCGAAGAUUGCGACAACGGCCUCCCAAAAGUUCACCCAAUACAAGUCGCCGCAAUUCCGUAUCAUCCAAUCAAUCAUCUACAUCAUCCUCAACAGCAGCCUCAACGUCACAACAAACACACAACGCACAGCAAUCUCAUGAAGAUUUAAAACAAACAGUUAACAAAUAUUUUGGUAUUAUAAAUCGUAUCGAAUCAGGAGAACAAUUCUCCAUACGUGCCAAACGCCAAUUACCCAACGGACAAAUGCAGUAUUUAAUAGAAUGGGGCGAACCCCAACAACAGCAACAACAUCUAGCUCAAUUACAGCCAGUAGCACUACAAACUCCAAGUGGGGAAACGUCAACAACCGAUAAUACCAUAGAAGUAAAUACACAACAUAUAGCGAUGGAGUUAGCAACCAAGAUGGAAUGUGUGGAGAAUAAAACGAUCGUAGAAUGUUAAAAUUUUCAAAAGUACAACAUCGAAAGAGAGAUAGAGAGAGAAUUACUGUCGUUUCUCACAUUCACACUCUAAGAAGUUAAAGAGCAGUAAACGAAGAGGUUGUGUGUAAGUUUAGUUAAACUUAAAAUUUGGCUUUAAGUAUCCGAAGGCUGGGGUGAGUUGUUAUUCUGGACUUUUAAAUUAUAAUUUCAACUGUUUCGCUACCGCUACAUAACGGAUAGACCAUUGUUAAAGACUUUACUUUUCUAAAAUAACUAUAAUAAGCUUUCGUUUUUUUUUAUUAUUUUAUUCAAUUUGUCGAAAAUACUUUUGAAUUUUUUUAGAGUAAUUUUAAAUAUAUGUAUGUGAAAAUGUAUGUGCAAGUGGACACAAUUUUAUUCCUAAUAAAAAAGAAAUAAAUUAUU